AUGACCAUUCUUCGGGUUAUGCUGCACGUUGCCGCUCAGCGUGACUACGGCUCAGACCUUCCUGUUCUGCGUCUGCACUCAGACAGAGGCGGGGAGUUUUCCUCCGACCUCCUGAGAGCCUUCUGUCGUUCGGAGGGCAUCCGCCAGACGUUCACGCUUCCGGCCUCCCCGCAGCAAAAUGGGAUUGCUGAGCGCCGCAUUGGCAUGGUCAUGGACGUCGCUCGUACGUCCAUGAUCCAUGCGGCUGCUCCCCAUUUUCUGUGGCCGUUCGCGGUUCAGUACGCUGCGCAUCAGAUCAACCUUCAGCCUCGUGUCUCCUUGCCGGAGACCACACCUACUCUGCGGUGGACGGGGAAGGUUGGCGAUGCGUCCGCGUUCCGUGUCUGGGGAUCUCGAGCUUUUGUCCGCGAUACUACAGCGGACAAGCUGUCCUCCCGUGCCGUUCCCUGUAUCUUCCUUGGCUUCCCUCCUGACGCACCCGGGUGGCAGUUCUACCACCCCACCUCGCGUCGUGUUCUGUCCUCUCAGGACGUCACGUUUGACGAAUCGGUGUCGUACUACCGUGUGUCCCAGGUAGACCCUGCCGAGCCGGUCGAGGUAGCUGUCGACUCAGGUGCUGAGUCUGGGGGUGCUGAGCCUACGGGUGCGGGGACUGGGGGUGCUGAGUUUGGGGGUGCUGAGUCUGGGCGUGCUGAGGCUGGGGGUGCUGAGCCUGGGCGUGUGGAGCCUAAGGGUACUGUGUCUGGAGGUGCUGAGCCUGCGCCUGCUGUGUCUGGAGGUGCUCUAGGUGUCCCGCAGCGGCGGGAGCCUCUCUCUCCACAGCAGAUUCGUGAGUGGUACUCUCGGCGCUGUCGGGGUGCUGCUGGUGCUGGAGGUGCUGCUGGAGCUUCUGGAGGUGCUGCUGGUGCUGCUGGUGCUGGAGGUGCUGCUGGUGCUGGAGCUGCUAGAGGUGGUGCUGGUACUGGAGCUGCUGGAGCUGCUGGAGGUGCUGCUGGUGCUGGAGCUGCUGGAGGUGCUGCUGGUGCUGGAGCUGCUGGACCUGCUGGAGGUGCUGCUGGUGCUGGAGCUGCUGGAGGUGCUACUGGUGCUGGAGCUAAUGGAGGUGCUGCUGGUGCUGGAGCUGCUCGAGGUGCUGCUGGUGCUGGUGCUGCUGGUGCUGGGACGGGAGACCCUGGGGCUGAGGGUACCGGUUCUGUCUCUGCUGUUUCUGGAGGCGCUGCGCGGCCGCGGCCGUACUACGUUCCACUUCUUCAGCAGCGUGUCCCUCUGCCGUCUCCUUCUGCGUCCUCUCUUCCUGCUGGUCCGGACCCUGCGUCUGACUCCCUACGUGCUGCUAGUCCAGCUGUCACGCGUUUUCUGGCCACUGCUGUCACUGACCCUUUGUUUGAGUCCACUGCUGCGUCUGCUCUUGUUACUGAGCUUGUUGACUUUGCUGCAGCCUGUCGCCUAGACUACGCCGCUAGUCUUGUUGCUGAGUCUGCGUCUGUGUCUGUCUGUCCUCCGUCCGUCGAGGGUGAGUGUGCUCUUGGCACGGACGUUCUUGAGGACAGACAGGAGGAGUUUGAGUGCUUUGCUGCUUCUGUACCUCAUCUCGUGUCCAUGCUGCUUGCCCCUGAGGGAGACCCGGAUGCACCAGACAUCCCGACCCCGCGCUCUUACGCAGAGGCGAUAGAGGGUCCCUACUCCUCUCAGUGGCAGGCAGCCAUGGACGCCGAGAUGGCUUCCUGGAAGUCCACAGGCACCUACGUCGACGAGGCUCCCCCGCCUGGGGCGAACAUCGUCAGUGGCAUGUGGAUCUUCAGGGUGAAGCGGCCGCCGGGUUCUCCGCGUGUCUUCAAGGCGCGUUACGUUGCACGUGGCUUCAGUCAGCGACAGGGAGUUGACUUCUUUCAGACCUUCUCCCCUACCCCAAAGAUGACCACUCUUCGGGUACUGCUGCACGUAGCUGCUCAGCGUGACUACGAGCUCCACUCACUUGACUUCAGCACAGCCUUCCUACAGGGCAGCCUGCACGAGGAGAUCUGGCUGCGCCGCCCACCUGGCUUCACUGGGUCGUUUCCAGCUGGUACCUAG